AUGGCAAGGGAUGUUGCUCAAUUUCUCCAGAAAAAGUUCCUGGAAUCUCUUAAGGACACAGAGUCUGAAUUAUCAGAUGCUGUCAUUUCUUACUUGCGAGCAAUCAAAGAUAUUGUAAUAGAUAUAGAUACGCGAAGACUUACGGAAGAUUACUGCCGUAGCUUUAUCCAUGUGCUCCUGGACCUCACCGACGCAUUCACCAAGUGCCAGGUCUUCUCACAUGAGUGGAAGAAGCAUAGUCAUCACAAGACUCAUUUAAUCUUCAACCAUUUGAGUUUGACGAAGAUUUGUUUCGUGCGGAAGAUGAAGAAGCGGCUGGCUGCAAUAAAAUGCAAAUUCGAGGAUGAGUUUGUGAAAAAGGAAGAAAGAAUUUAUAACUUGAGGGAAUCAUCAAGUCGUCCUGAUCCUGAAGAGAAUUUAGAGAGCGAACUACCUGUAUUGGAGGGUGAAGUUGUGGGAUUUGAUGAGCAAUUACGGAUGAUUAGGAACUUUCUUUUAAAACCAUCGCCGUCGUCAGGUGCUGGAUUUAAGGCAAUUGGGAUACUGGGCAUUGCAGGCGCAGGCAAGACCACUCUGGUGCGCAAGUUUUUGAGUUGGUGGAUAGUGCGAGGUGAAUUUUCUCCUAUAAUUUGGUUAUGCUUGUCGACUAUAAUCAAAGAAAAUAAACAAGUAGAAGAAGAAAUUGAGGUCAGCAUUGUGAAAUGUAUGCUUAGUAAGUUGGACCACGAUGCCGUUGUCGAUGGAGAUGGCAUCAUCCAGGAGGAGGAGAAGACAGGAAGUAGUAAUAAUAAGUCUGGUCAUCUCCUUGCUGCGCUCUUGGAAAGGCUCAACCAACAUUUAUCAGGUAAAAGGUAUUUGAUUGUGUUGGAUGAUGUGUGGCACAUGAACGAUUUCUACUCGGAUUUAGGACAUGAGGAACAACUACUUCAGGUUCAGGAAGGUGAUAAGAAAGUUGGGGAUCGCUUGUCGCAUGGAUUGCCUAAGGGUGGUGGUGGUGCGGUCAUCGUCACUAGUAGGAUACCGGAAGUGGUUGAAGCUAUGGUGGUACCGGCGGAGGGGUCAGAUCAACAUUAUAACAGCUUGAUUAUUCGUCUUGAGCCUUUGGACAGACAAAGCUGCUGGGGUAUAUUUAAGGACACUGUUUUUGGUUAUCGUCCUGAUUUUGAAUAUCAACAACAUUUGGAAAAGGUUGAGAGUGAAAUUAAGGAUCUAUGUUAUGGUCUACCAUUGGCCGCUAGGACACUCGCAGAAAUAAUAAUGUCCCAACAUUUAGGGAGUACUUAUCCGCUCUACCGCAAACCUGAUUUGGAUGUUGAAUUUGAUUCCUUCGGUAUCCCAGUGUUGGUGUUUAUUGAUAUGCUCCAUAGACAAGAAAAAGAACUCUUCGGGAAAUUUUGCGACCUCCUUACUAAAAAGCAGAAAGAGAUGUAG